AUGGGUCGAGCGGGGAGCGCGACGGAGGGGGCGCCUGCUGCGCGCGGGUCCCGCCGUCCGGCCGCGCCCCUCGGGGGAUCCCCGGCUCCCGCACAAGCCCGAACUUGCCUCCGGGAGGCGGCGGAGGGGGCGGGGCGCGGUGACGUCAGGGCGGGGGCGGGGCCCGGCUCCGGGCUGCGCUGCCGCUGCCCGCUCGCCUGGCAGAGAGACUCUGGCCGCCGCCGCCGCCGCCGCUCCAGCUCGCCGGGGUCGCUCUCCUGCCUCGCCCGCCGCCGCCGCCACCGCCGCCGACGGAGCCCCUGCGCUGCCCAGAGACCCCCGCCCCGCCCCCGGAGGGUUCAUGCAGCUGCAGUAAGUGGGGCGGGCGGAUGCCCGGGGAGGGACCGUCCCGUCGGGGGAGGCGGGAGGGCGCACGUGGCUGCAGGGGGCGGCAGCCCGGAUCGGGGCGGGGCGGGAGGAAGGGAGACGGACCCCCCCUCCGCGAAGCUGGCACGGCGCGGUUUGUUUACAAACACCAGCCCGCCCGCCCCCACCGACCGCCCCGUCUCCGCUCGCCCCGCAGACCCCGCCGAGCGCCAUGGCCAGACCACUGCAGGACGGGAGCCGCGCCGAGCCGACAGCAGCUGUGCCCGGGAGCCCAGCCUGCCCUGUGGGGGGGGCGCUGGCCCUGCCGCCCCCCCUCUGCCGCACGCCCCUCGCCUCGCCCCCCCGGCUGAACGGCCUCUGCCGCUGCGGGAUCGGACACGAGACCUUGCGGAUGCGCUCCGGGGCCACGCGAGGUGAGUGCCUGGGGAGGGGGCUCGAGGGGGCGGGGCGCCUGCUGCUGGGCGAGGGGAGGGCGGCGGGACCCACAAAGCGCCUCUGAGCAUGGGCAGAGCGCCUCCCCCGGCCCCGGGGUCCCAGCCAGGGCGGUGGUUGUUCCGCAGGAGCUGUCCCGCAAGCAAAGGGCUGGCGCGCCCCCGGGGCGCGGGGCAAGAGGGGCGCGGCUCAGCCCCUGUGUCUCCCAGCCGCAGGUGCCCGCGGAAGAGGGGGCGGACCCUCCGCUCCUCUCCCCACCUGAGGAGUCCUGGGGGUCCGGCACAGCCCAGCCCCUUUCUGCGCCCCCGCCCGUCAAGGACAGACCUUUGUUUUUCCGCGACGGGCGCUCCUCCUUCCGGAGCGCUGCGUCUCCUUGCGGGCAACACGCGGUGGCUGCGAGCACGUGGGAAGGGGCUCAGGCGAGGCACCCAGAUCGGGCGCCAGCCUGUUCUCCAAUGGGCUCCUUUUAUUGCUCCCCCACCGAGACCAGACCACUUUCCGCACCCCCAAAACCCCGGGAAGCGUGCGCGCAGGUGGCCGGCAUUGGGCGGGGGUCUCGGGGCUAUCCCGUUUGCCCCUCAGUCUGCUUUGGUCCCGCCCCACUCGGCCGCACUGCGCGCAGGGGGUGCCCCCCAAGCGCCCUGCCCUCCUUGAGCCUGGCGCGGAAACGCUGACUCAUGAAAAAAUUGCGUGUAUUGAGGGGGGAGCAGACUAUGGGAGGGGCCGCCCCCAGCUAAGCGCGGCGAGGAGGAGCAUCCCUGGCGGAGAGCAGCGAGUGGCAGCCCCCUUGUAACCAUCGCCCCCCCCCAGUCUCCCGGGGUGGGGGCCUGCAGGGCAAGAGGCAGCUGCAGGCGCGCUCCCCGCGGCGCUGCUCGCCCCAGCCAGCCCGCCCGCCAGCCGGGGGGGCCCGUGUCCUGGAAUGAUCCCUUUUCCCUCCGCAGUUGCCAAGGAGACAGGAAACGGCCCCCUCCCGCCCCUCCUCGGCUUGCUGCUGCCCUCCCCGCCUCGCCGCCCUCAUCGCCGCUGCCUUCCUCCCGCAGGCGACCCGCCCGCCGCCGCCCCCCGCCCGGAGGAGCCCCCCGUCCAGCUCAGGACCCCCGCGCCCGGCCUGGAGAGAGCCAUCGGGGCGCGCCUGCGAGUCCUGGGAGACCAGUUCCAGCGCGAGUACGCGCACAGGGUAAGUCGGUGCCAGGGGAGAGGACCGGGGGGGGGCGUGUGCCCGGGAUGCUGGUGGCACGGGGGGGGGGGCCGGGAUGCCGGUGGCCCCACCGCCCAGCCCCGUCCUCCGCCGCUGCUUUGCCCAGGGAGCCGGGCAGGCGCCGCCGCCGCCGCCGCUGACUCAUCUCCUAUAAAUAGCGCGGGAUGGCAGGCGGCCGGGCACGGGAGCCUGGGCAGGGCAGUGCCCGCCCCGCCGCUGCCCCGCUCACCUGCGCCCUCUCCUCCUCUCCCCGCAGGAGCAGCGCCGGCCGCAGGGCGCCCUCUGGGGCCACGUCUCCCACUUCGUCUUCCAGCUGCUGGGCAUCUUGUACAACCUGCCGGCGGAGGGCCUGGCCGCCCUGCGCCCCAACUAGCCGCCUCCUCCGCCUCCUCGUGGUCCUCCUGCUGGCCAGGGGGGAACCCAGCCGGGCCUGGAGCCGCCCCCCCGCGCCGUCGCCCGCCCCGCCGGGGGCCGUGAGCCAGGGGGGGCGCGCAGGGCUGCUUCCUUCUGCCCCCAGCCCAGCAGUGCCUUAAGCAGAGCUGCUCAGCUGGGACGCCAAGCAAGUUAGCACUAUGUCAAUACUGUUCAAUGGAGCCUGUACAGG